CGGCGCCGUUUUGCCAAUCCAUGAAUUAAUUCCGUGGCCGUAUUAUUUCCACUCAGCCACUGCAAUCGUUCUUCAGUUACAUCUUUUACUGUCCUCACGGUUUCCCCGUCAGAAUACGAAACAAGUUACAAUGGGUUUUGGAAGUCCAGGCACCGGCGUUAAUCCCACCAAGCCCACACCUCCUGAGCGUGGUAGUUUCCCCCUUGAUCAUGAAGGCGAAUGCAAGCACCUCAUCGCCGGUUACCUGAAAUGUAUCAAGUCGCAGCGCGGUCUCAACGACGAGGAGUGCCGGAAACUAGCGAAAGGAUACCUAGAAUGCCGGAUGGAUAAGAAUCUGAUGGCGCCAGAUGAUUUCAAGAACCUUGGGCUUAUCUUUGAUAAGGGAGACAAGAACACGGAGGAGAAAUCGUGAGAUGGUCCAACGUUGGUGAGGUUGUAUGAUACAUGCGUGAUGCUUCUCUGCUGUAGACUUUUGAUAUGAUAUCGGGCGUUGUCGGGGUUGUUGUAUAUAUAUUCGAAUACGUUUGUACAAUACUGUCCACUCAACGAAAUGAACCUGUAAAUUCAUCCAGAA